AGUCGUCGGGGCCACAGCCAUGAUUUCUAAUCUCCCCUCCCCACCACUUCUUUCUCCACCACUUACUUCUCCCCCCUCUCCCAAUCACCAUUUUCAUCAAAAUUGAAACGCCCAAAACCUUUGCCUGCCCCUGGUGCUCUACAAUGGGUAAAUUCCUCCGCAAAAAACCCAGAAAGGCUCUGUUUGUUUACACGGUUUGUUUGCUCAGCCUCAUCCCAAUAAUCAAAGGAGCUGACCCAACUUUCGUCGCCAUAGACUGCACAAAAACAUCCCUUGCAAGAACCAGCACGUACGCCCCAAACAGCACCUACCACACAAACCUCAACACCCUCUUCUCCGCUCUCUCCUCCAACAACGCAUCCAACGGCUUCUACAACUUCACCGCCGGCAGCAGCCCACCCGACGUCGUCUACGGCCUCUCCCUCUGCCGAGGCGACGUCACCGCCGCCGGGUGUCGAGACUGCGUCGCUUACGCCUCCGGAGACGUAGUCAAACGGUGCCCCAGGUCGAAGGAGGUCACGGUCUGGUACGAACACUGUUUGCUCAGGUACUCCAACAAGUUCAUCUUCAACUACCCGGACACACGGGAAUGGUUUAUUUUGGAAAACACGCCAUUGAACGUGACGGAUGGGAACCAUUUUGACGAAGUUUUGGGACAGGUAAUGGGUGAUAUUGCCAAUCGGGCUUCGAAAACUGAUGACUCAGGUAAGAAAUUCGCGACUGCUCAAGCCAACUACUCACCACUUCAACCAGUGUACGGAUUAGCACAAUGCACGCCGGAUUUGUCUGAUGUUGAUUGCUAUAACUGCCUUCGGAAUGCUAUCUCAAAGCUUCCUGAAGCAAAACAUGGAGGGAGAGUUCUGUUCCGGAGCUGUUAUGUCAGGUAUGAGAUGUACUCGUUUUACAACGACAGCUUCGGUGCUGCUCCUCCACCGCCUUCGCCAGUCCUCCCUCCUAGUACUACUACUCCAACCAGCCCUGGAAAUGGAAGAAUCAUUGCCAUUGUAGUUUCAAUUGGGGUCACUAUUAUCCUUUCCAUAGCAGCCUUCUGUUUCAUUACUAGGAGGGCGAAGAAGACAUAUAACUUGCUAAGAGAAGACAAUGUUGAACUUCUCGCGAAGGAGGAAUCACUUGAAACAGCUGGAAUUUUCAAUAACCUUCUGCAAAUCAAAGUUGGGGAGGACAUCUCAUCUGUGCAGUCCUUGCAAUAUGAUUUGGGUACUAUUCAAGCUGCCACGAACAACUUUUCAGAGGAUCACAAAAUCGGGGAAGGUGGAUUUGGUCCAGUCUACAAGGGUAUACUUCCAAAUGGACAAGAGGUAGCUGUGAAGAGGCUAUCUCGAACCUCAGGGCAAGGUGCACUAGAGUUCAAGAAUGAGAUGGUAUUGGUAGCCAAGCUUCAGCAUAGAAACUUAGUGAGGCUACUCGGAUUUUGCUUAGAAGGAGAAGAAAAGAUACUGAUUUAUGAGUUUGUGCCCAACAAAAGCCUCGACUACUUUUUAUUCGACCCACAACAGCAAGCGAAGUUGGAUUGGUCAAAACGCUACAAGAUUAUACAAGGGUUAGCUCGGGGGAUGUUGUACCUUCAUGAAGAUUCCCGGCUUACAAUUAUACACCGUGAUCUCAAAGCUAGCAAUAUCUUGUUAGAUGCUGAUAUGAAUGCAAAAGUUUCAGAUUUUGGAAUGGCUAGGAUCUUUGGAGUUGAUCAAACUCAAGGAAAUACAAGUCGGGUUGUUGGAACAUUUGGUUACAUGUCUCCAGAGUAUGUAAGGCGUGGACAGUUCUCUGCCAAGUCCGAUGUGUUUAGCUUUGGUGUCUUGGUUCUCGAGAUCAUUUCUGGAAAGAAGAACAAUAAAUUUUCCAACUCAGCUGGCGCUACAGACCUUCUGAGCUAUGCUUGGAAACUUUGGAGGGAAGGAACUCCCUUGGAUUUGAUGGAUCCAACUCUUCAAGGGUCCAAUGGUGUAAAUGAAGUCACUAGAUGCAUCCAUAUUGCCUUGUUGUGCGUCCAAGAUGAUCCAAACGCCAGGCCUUCUAUGGCAACAAUAGUUCUGAUGCUCAAUAGCUAUUCUGCCACGUUGUCACUUCCUCAGCUGCCGGGGUUCUUAGGCCAGAGCAGAACAGGAUCGAAUAUUCCUACAGAAGUAGAGUUGGAUCAAUCUACAAGCAGGUCAAUACAGUGGUCUCUAAAUGAAGAAUCAAUGAAUGAAAUAGACCCUAGGUGAUGUGACAAGUCUGGGCCUAUACUGGCAUUCAAAAUUAUUUUACAUCCCUAGAUGAAUAAAGGGAGACUGGAUGCGAAGGAUUUACGGAAAUAUUUUAGAGAUAUGGAGUAUUAAUUAAAUUGCAUUUUCUGUGGUAGGAGGCAAUAUAAGCCUUAUGGCAUCAGCACAAAUUAAUACUGUACAUGAAUGUCUAUAGAAAUCACUACCACAAAGUAUAUUAUCAGUUUUCACUCGUUUGUU